AUGGCCGCAGAUGAAUUCAAGCCGAACGAUCCCCGCCUCCGCCCUCCCUUUCCAUCCGAGUACCCAUGGACACCCAUCCCCACCCCAGCCAGUGAUGGCGCCAAGGUCUCUAUCGGACUUAUGGAGUCCUCUCGGAUCCGCGGACCGGGCGUCGCGCUGUCUUCAUUCGCCAAAGAAGGGGAAGAGUGGACGUUACCCGCGUUCAGCUUCUUGGUGGAGCAUGGGGAUGAGGCGAUUCUCUUCGAUUUAGGAUGCAGGGAGGAUCCUGAGAACUUCACACCUGUGACCAAGCCCGCACUUGAGAAGUUCAAGGUCGAACCUCAACCUCACCCGGUCUUUCGGCUCAGAGAUGGCGGAUAUGACCUCUCGCGCAUCAAGACGGUCAUACUCUCCCACAAGCACUUUGACCACUUCGGAAACCUCGAGACAGUCGCUGCCUUUGACCCGCUGGUCGUUGUUGGCCCGGGCUCGCUGGCGGGCAUUGGCAAGGGGUACCCGGAGGAUGAGAAAUCAAUCUGGCCGUCCGGGUGGCUGAAGGAUAGGAGGUUCGCGGAGCUGCCGCAGCCUACGGAGAAGAAGGGGGACAAGUGGACGGUGGAGGGUAGGGAAGGAGAGAAACAGUGGGAGAAGAUGGCGUGCUUUGAGGAAGGGGUCGAUUGGUUCGGGGAUGGCAGCUUCUGGUUAAUUCAUGCGCCUGGCCACAUCGUAGGACAGAUGAUGGGUCUUGCACGAGUGACUACAUCACCACCUACCUACAUUCUUCUCGGAGCUGACGUCGCCCACAGCCAGGAGACAUACCUCCCCGUCCCAUCUUCCGCCUCCUCCUCUGACCCACGUGGCACCGAGCCCGUUCUCAAUGGCAAGGUCCCCUUCCUUGAAGACCCCGUUCGAGGCGUGCACGAUAUUGGCACUCUGACGCGCAUGAGCGCAGAGGAAGAUAUAAUGGUCCUGCUGGCGCACGAAGCGCCCGCUCUCAAUGUUCUCCCGAGGUGGCCGGAGAAGCUGGACGAGUGGAAGGAGAAUGGCUGGAAGGAGAAGAAGCAGGAGGGUGUUGAGGAGCGGGCCAAAGAGCGGGCCGCCCAAGUGUAG